UUACAAGGAAAAAAAUGAAUUUGUGAAACAUAUGAAAAAGCAUUGUAUGUUUUGUGAUGUUUUAUGUGAAAGUGUAAACGAUUUAGAAUUGCACUUAGAGAACCAUCAUGGAGAUGAGCAUGUAAUGAAACAAAAUCGAGAUCAACAACAAGAAAAACUAAAGCAGCAGCAUGAAAAUAAAUCAGCUGUGAAGGUGGAAAAGUUUUGUGGUGAUUGUGAUAAAAUUGUGAAUAAUAUACGAUCACACGUUCGUAGCGAAGAACAUCGAUCCACCGUGAGAAAAAAUCUGGAUUCUGACAUAAAAAUUGUUAAAAGUGCAUUUAACAAAAAUAUACUCAGCUAUGAGAUACAAAACAAUAAAGACAUUUUGUACCCGAUCGAUUUUCUUAAUGCUUCAAAAGAAUUAAUAAUUAAAACCUUGAAAAAUGAGUUAAACGGUAAAACGCUCAUAAAAUUUAAUAUGGAACUCCAAGGACUGUAUGUGAAACCAAACAAUGAAAAAGAUGGACCUUCAACUUCCAAAGAGUUAACUAUUGAAAAUAUAUUUAAUCAUAUUUCAAAAACAACGCUAUUAACCCUGGGAGAUGAUUUGGAAGAGGUCGUUUUCAACCACUGUGUGGAAAUUAUAGCUAAAUCAGAAGAGUUCCAAGAAAGAGGCUCUAAUUGGGCCCUGGAGAAACUUUUAAAACUUGACAUAAAUGUGUUGAGAGCCAACUUAACACGUGGCUCACAUUAUAUUCCAACUCCGAAAUCAUUAAGCAACAAGAAGGGUGCGUGCCUUAACAUCAAAAACUAUGAUGACUUUUGUUUUAAGUGGUGUAUGGUUGUUGCAUUGGGGGAAACUGCAUAUGGAGAUCCGAGUAUAACCUCUUCAUAUAACGUAGACAUACACCAAGAUGUCAUUAUUCUGCAGUCUGGAAUAUCGCUAAAUUUCGAACAAUUAAAUUUCCCAUUGGGUCUUAAAUAUAUAAAAAAAUUUGAAAUGAACAACCCAGAGAUUAGCGUAAAUGUUUUCGGUUAUGAAAACAAGUCGGUCGUUGGUCCAUAUUACUUAACAAAGGAGACGAAAAGCAAUCACAUUAAUUUAAUAUUGCUGCACAACGAAGAAAAUUUCCAUUACAUUUUGGUUAUGGAUAUGUCUUGUCUUAUGCGGUCUCAAUUCACAAGUCAUAAGGAGAAAGGUUACUUUUGUUUUGGAUGCCUGCAAUGUUUCCACGAUGAAAAUAAAUGUAUGACUCACAAAAAGCAGUGUGGAAAAGUAGUCUGUGCCCUGCCGAACAAAAAAGAAGCCGUACUAAAGUUCGUCAAUCACAAGAAAAAGGAUAAGGUGCCUUUCGUUAUUUAUGCUGACUCCGAAAGUGUACUGGAAGACGUGCAGGAAGAUGAGAACAAUGGGGCGAGUAAAAAAACGGAAAAGGUAAAGAAGCAUAUUCCAUGUGCUUUUAGUUAUUUUAUUAAAUGUAGUUUUAAUGAAAAUUUAAAUAAGUUAUUUAUAUAUAGUGGUCCCGACGCAGCAAAUGUUUUUCUGAAAGAACUAAUUCAGGAUUGUAAAUUUUUGUAUGAUAGUUACCUAACCAAAACGAAACCUAUGAAUACUCUAACCCCCGAAGAAGAGACAGCCUUUCUUAGGGAUAUCAAUUGUCGUAUAUGUGGCGACAUUUUAGGUAACGAUAGGGUGAAAGAUCAUUGUCACUUAACGGGGCAAUAUCGAGGUGCGGUACAUAACCAUUGCAAUCUGCAAUAUCAUCUACCUAAAUUUAUUCCAAUAUAUUUCCACAAUUUUUCUUCGUACGACUGUCACCUCUUCUUUAAAGAGUUAGUUGAAUUUGGAGGUGAAAUAAGAGUCAUACCUCAAAACAAAGAAAAAUAUAUUUCAAUGUCUUAUUUCAUUAAUAUGGAUAACGAGUCAACCGACUCUAGUUCUUUAAAAAGUACAGUUGUUGUAGGAGAAGAAGAAGAUUCGAGUGAGGAAGAUGAUGAGGAAUUCCAGCAAGAAGAGGAAAGUGAGGGCAAAAAAGAGAAGAAAAAGAAAAUGAAUAGAUUAGAGCAUCGUUUCUUAGAUAGUUUUCGAUUUAUGCCUACUAGUUUGGAUAAAUUAGCAAGGAAUUUAUCUCGAGAUUCUUUUGUUGCUGUCAGAUCUCAUUUUCCUGAUGAUGAAUCAUUUGAACUUAUGACUAGGAAAGGAGUAUUUCCCUACGAAUAUAUGUCAUCAUUUGAAAAAUUGAAGGAGAAACAACUUCCCCCUAUAGACCAAUUUUAUAAUAAGUUGACCGAUACUGAAUGCUCGUCAGACGAUUAUAGGCAUGCAACAAAUGUUUGGUCACAUUUUCGAUGUCAAACUAUGCAAGACUACAUGGAUUUGUACUUAAAAGCUGAUGUCUUGCUUUUAGCAGACGUAUUUGAAAAUUUCAGGAGCUUAUGUAUGCGAAUUCACGAACUGGACCCUUGUCAAUAUCUCACAGCACCAUCUCUAUCUUGGGAUGCAAUGCUACUAUGUACUAAAGUCGAACUUGAGCUACUCAGAGAUAUAGACAUGUACAAUUUCUGCAAAAAUGGUAUUCGGGGAGGGCUUACCCAGUGCUCAAACAGACACUCGGUAGCAAAUAAUGAAGAUGCUCCCAAUUAUAAUAGUGCCAAACCAGAGGUAAAUAUCUAUUAUUUGGAUGUAAAUAAUUUAUAUGGUACAGUUAUGACUGAGUGUCUCCCUGAAAAAGAUUUUAGAUGGGUGGAGGGUUAUGAAAUGGAGAAAUUCAAUGAUCCAGCUGUAAUAUUAUCUAUUCCUGACAACGCUCCUACUGGUUUUAUUUUAGAGGUUGAUAUUGAAUAUCCACCGCACCUUCACGACAAACAUAACGAUUUACCUUUUUUGGCGGAGAAAAAGUGUGUUGAAGGCUCAAAAACUGAAAAACUGAUUGCAGAUUUUACUGACAAAACAUCAUACACCAUACACUACAAAUUACUUAAGCAAUCUCUGAAACAUGGACUAAUUCUUAAGAAAGUCCAUAGAGUUUUGGCUUUCACACAAAGCGCUUGGUUAGCUCCUUACAUACUGAAGAAUAAUGAACAUAGGGAAAAGGCUGAAAAUGCCUUUGAAAAAGAUUUUUUUAAAUUAUUGAAUAACUCUUCAUUCGGUAAGACAAUGGAGAAUAUCGACAAAAGAAAAACUGUGAAAAUUGUGACAAUGUGGGUAGAUGAGGCAAACCAAAGAAGAAGGAAUGUUGCUAGUAAAUUAAUCUCGAAGCCAAAUUUUCACAGCCUUUCGAUAUUCUCCGAAAAUAUGGUUGCUAUUCAAAUUAGGAAUGUCAGAGUAAAAUAUGAUAGACCAUUGUACUUAGGGUUCUGCAUAUUAGAUUUAUCAAAGUGGCGUCCCGCUAAAAAGUAUAAAAUGAUUGUUUACAACACGAAGCGAUUUAUUAGAAAGAAACACGUUCAAGGAGGAGGACUGGUAAAUAAGUUGAUUAACUCUUUACCCGUUGAACUUCAUUUACCAGGAUAUCAAUUUUGUGGACCUGGAACAAAGCUAGAAAAACGUAUUCAAAGAGGAGAUCAAGGUAUUAAUCCAUUAGAUGCAGCGUGUAGAGCACACGAUAUUGCCUAUUCACAAAAUAAAGAUAUUGAACAACGUCACAUUGCUGAUCGUGAACUAACUGAACGGGCUUGGGAGCGAGCAGAGAAAGUUGUUGUGGUGCCUGGCGACUGCUCCUUUCAAAGGCGCCAUUACAAACUCAUUCUGGCGUAA